GUUUGUGCUGAAGCACAAAGAGUUUGCUCAUCUCCGGGAGGUGAAGAUGUUUCCCAACGCCCUCAACCCACACAAAGAGGAGUCGCGGGCACUGGUCAAAGCCAUGAUCGACCAGGUCAUGGCACUGCACGAAGACGUAAAAUGGUUUCACAUCGGAUGUGAUGAGGUCUACUACCUCGGCGAAGGAGAGGAGUCAAAGCAAUGGCUGCAGCAGCAAGACAACACUCCAGAGAAGCUGUGCUUAUCCCACAUAAAAGCAGUAGCAAGCUGUGUGGCCUCGUCUUAUCCCACUGUGACACCCAUCGUGUGGGAUGAUAUGCUCAGAGGGAUAAGUGAGGAAACACUGGCAGAGUCUGGGGUCCCACAGCUUGUGCAGCCAAUGAUCUGGGACUAUGCAGCAGACCUCGACGUGGAGGGCAAAGUGCAUCUCGUAGAGAAGUAUCGCAGAUGUGGCUUCUCCAAGGUGUGGUUUGCUAGUGCUUUUAAAGGAGCUACAGGAGUGAAUCAGUCUCUAACGCUUAUUGGACACCAUUUGAAAAACCAUCUUCAGUGGCUGAAAGUGGCAAGCAAUAGCCCCGCUGAUGUCCUUGAAGGUAUCGCGCUGACCGGCUGGCAAAGGUAUGAUCACUUCUCUGUUUUGUGUGAGCUUCUCCCUGUGGCAAUUCCAUCAUUGGCUGUAUGUCUGCAGGCACUAAAGAAUGGUGGCUAUUCUGAAAAGAUUAAAGAAAAUGUGGAAGAGCUCCUGGGAAUGUCCAACCUGGAAACCGAAACUUUCAUGAGCACAAGUCUGGGGACCUUCCCUGGGAGCAAUAUCCUUACGCUUGUGACGCAAGUUAGUUUCUACCUCAAGUCAUCAGUGGAUGAACUUCUUGAAAGGAACAGAUACGUCACAGGCUGGUUCAGCCCCUACCACAGAAAAAGGAGGAUUAUUCAUCCUAUAAUAAUGCAUCACUUUCAGCCAGACGCAGUAAGUCUUCUCUCCAAGUGGAACGCUGUGGUGCAAGACCUCCAAGCAGCCAUGGAGGAAGUUUUCCACAAGUGUACUGUAGAGGAGUGGAUGGAGGAGAACGUCCACCCCAGCCUCCAGAAGCUGCAGGAAGUGGUGGAUGACUUAGAUAAAGCAAUAAAAGCACAAAAUCAGGGGCAUUUCAAUUAGUCCGUCUUAUUCCAUGGGAAAACAUGACUAGUGGAAAUCUGCAACUAGUCCUAUAGCUAGAGUUUGUCAUCUUAAGAGUUACAUCACCUGCCCUGUCAGUCAGAUUUGCUCCCCUUGCGUAACAGAAUGCAGGAACGAGUCAGAACUCAGCUGUGUUACAAGGCAGGAGGAAAACCCAGUUUCUUCCAAAUUCAGUAUUUGUAACAAUAGACUUUCUUAAAUUACAAUGACCUGGAAAAGUUCCACAAGUUCUACUCUAGUCAGCAGCCAGCAUGUCCUCCCUUUGCCAUUUCCAUAUAAAGAUUUAGGAUACUUUAAACAUGCUUGAAGUCCUUAUGGCCUGUACUGUGACUCGUUCCUGUUCCAGGUACAUUCAGAGAUGUGUCAUGAUGGAAUGGUAGGACAAGUCCUUCCACAGCAUAUAGCAGUCGAUUUAUCCAAUUUUGUUUUGGACUUUUUCAGUCUUUGAAAUACGUAAAACCAUCGGUCCUAAAUCCAGCUUUGAUUAGCUUGAGAUCAGAAAAUUAACAUCCAACUUUUUGCAGCAGUCUGAGCAGGGAACUGCUGUCCAGACGCUCACUAGGUUACAGCAGGUGCACGGAAGAACGUGGACCAUGACAGUACAGAGCAAGAGGGAGCAAUAGAAAAGGGCCUUGUUGCCAACGGUGAAGGCGACACUUGGACUUUGAGGGAAAACUGCCUUAACACAUCAGGCUUCUUGACAUUUUACCAAAGCAUCAAAGCUGAGCAUAGUUUCAUCCCCCCGGAAAAGCACCCUCCCAGUCACUUUAAGGCAUCUACUUCGCUAUGUAAAACCUGAGUCUGCAGGUUCGUCCAAAUUUGAAGCAUGACUAAAGUCUACUGAAUAUGAGGGAAAAACACUGGUUUAUUCUGCUUUAACGUUGAACUUUUAAUAUAAAUGUAUAGCAAUAUAUCUUGUGGACUUAACUGGAGCAUUGAGAUAAUCACCACAAGGGAAAAGAAUUCAAAAGUCUGGUAGUUAAGUACACUACCAUGAAUAUUCAAAAUACUCUUUACUUGUUUGCUUCAUUUAUUGCUUUCUUGAAAGUCGUAAUUUGGAAGCAGAGGUAUCGAAAUUUUCUUGGAACAAUCUAUUAUGAAGAGUGUAGGUCUAGAUAGAGAAAGUACAAGAAGUACAGCAGAAGACGACUCUAGCUUAUUUAGUGAGCGCUACAGGAGUUAGGUCCACAUGCAGAUUUUUAUCCAAAAAGAAUCAAUUGCUAUGUAUACCUUAAUUACAGAAGUCACACGAUCUUUAUUUU